UUCCCUUCUUCUAUUUCUAAGCCUCUGCAUCCUUCAUCUUCUAUGUUCUUCUUCUUCUUCUCUCUCUCCAAUAAACACAAUCACUUUCUCUCUCUAAAAAACCUCAUAUCUCUCUUUGAUUACAGUCUAGGAAGCAAAAGCAGCGAAAGUCAUGGCAGAGGAGACUCAGACUCCAGCAGCAGCGCCAGCCCCAGCGACAGCGACUACUGAAGUAGUGCCACCGACGGAGGAGGUGGUGGUGGUGGAGAAAGAACAGCCUCCUGUUCCGGGGGCGGAACCUGAGGCACCGGAGAAUCCUGCUAUUGAAGAAGCUGUGGCAGAGGCAGAGAAGGAAAACGUGGCUGAAGGAGAUCAGAGCAUCACGCAAUCGAUCUCUUUCAAGGAAGAGAGUAACGUUGCUGGUGAACUUCCUGAUCCGGAAAAGAAGGCUCUGGAAGAGCUUAAACAACUCAUUCAAGGUGCUUUGAAUAAGCACGAGUUCACUGCUCCACCGGCGCCGCCUCCUGCUAAGGAGGAGGAGAAACCAGCCGAGCCGGAGAAGGUUGAGGAGAAGCCGGCAGAGCCUUCAGUGAAGGCCGAGGAGAAAAAGACAGAGGAGAAGGCUGUUCCUCCAACAGAGCCUUCAGAGAAAGCUGAGGAGAAAAAGACAGAGGAAAAGGUUGAAGUGAAAGAAGAGGAUACGGCUGUGCCUCCAGCAGAACCAGCGGCAGUUGCGGCUGAGCCAUCAGAGAAGGCUGAGGAAAAGACAGAGUUGAAGGUUGAAGUGAAAGAAGAGGAGAAGGCUGUGCCUCCAGAGGCGGUUGCCGUCGAGAAAGUGACUGCUGUGGACGAGGAUGGAACCAAGACAGUGGAGGCAAUUGAGGAGACAGUUGUCUCAGUUGCGACUUCCUCUGCCGCUGCCGCGGAGCCAGAGACUUCAGCCCCCGCCAAAGAAUCAGAGCCAGCGGCUCCGGCAGAGGACCCAAAAGAACCUGAAGUUCCUCUGACACCAGAAGAAAUUUUCAUAUGGGGAAUUCCACUCCUUCAGGAUGAGAGGAGCGAUGUGAUCCUCUUGAAAUUCCUGAGAGCCAGGGAUUUCAGGGUGAAAGAUGCAUUCACCAUGAUCAAGAACACAGUUCGCUGGAGAAAGGAGUUUGGAAUCGAGGCUCUUCUCGAUGAAGACCUUGGAAAUGAGUUGGAGAAGGUAGUGUUCAUGCAGGGAUUCGAUAAGGAAAACCAUCCUGUCUGCUACAACGUCUAUGGUGCUUUUGAGGACAAGGAAUUGUACCAGAAUUCCUUCUCCGAUGAAGAGAAGCGCGUUAAGUUUCUCAGAUGGAGGAUUCAGUUCUUGGAGCAGAGUAUCAGGAAACUUGAUUUCAGUCCCAGUGGAAUCAACACUAUUGUUCAAGUCAAUGAUCUCAAAAACUUUCCUGGAAUUUUCAAGAGAGAUCUCAGGAACGCCACUAACCAGGCCUUGAGUUUGCUACAAGACAACUAUCCUGAGUUCGUAGCCAAACAGUUCUUAACUGGGUUUUGGUUUGCGAAGGUUUUCAUCAAUGUUCCAUGGUGGUACCUUGCCUUCAAUAGGAUGAUCAGCCCUUUCUUGACACAGAGGACCAAGAGCAAGUUUGUGUUUGCAGGACCAUCCAAAUCUACUGAAACCCUUUUCAAGUACAUAGCUCCUGAACAAGUACCGGUUCAAUAUGGAGGACUUAGCAGGGAUGGUGAGCAGGAAUUCUCUACAUCUGACCCUGUAACAGAGGUCACAAUCAAGCCAACAUCCAAACACGCAGUCGAAUUGGCAUUUACAGAGGCAAGCCAUCUUGCUUGGGAACUCCGAGUGGUCGGUUGGGAUGUGAGCUACGGAGCUGAAUUCGUGCCGAGUGCAGAGGAUGGCUACACAGUCAUUGUAUCAAAGACUAGGAAGGUCACCCCUAGCGAUGAACCGGUCAUCUCUGACAGCUUCAAGACUGGUGACCCUGGCAAGGUUGUGAUCACCAUUGAUAACCAAACCUCCAAGAAGAAGAAGCUCCUUUACAGGUCCAAGACCAAAACUCCAUCUGACUGAGGGCUUCAAUAAUCAAUGCACUCUCAGUUCUGAGUUCUUACUUUCCAAUCACCAUUGAAGUGCAAAAUAAGGGGGAUUCUUUUGAUUAUGAAAACAGGGUUUCUUGACCUAUUAUUUUGUCCAAAUUUAUUUUUUGAUUUCACAGUCUGGGGGAUUUUGUUUAUUAGAUUUGGGGGUUUACUUUUGUUUGUUUAUGCAAUGAACACAGUUAUUGGUAAAAUAGUCUUGUGGGAAGAAGCAUGGAUGGAAAUGUAAGCAUGAAACCUUGUUUCUUUGGCCUAUAAAACAGUGUAAAGUUGGUGUGUUUUUUUUU